CAUGCCUUCGUCUGAUUCAAAAUUGGAGGCCUUCGUCAUUUGUCAACGGAAAACUGCGAAGAGUUGGAGGAGCUCAGGAAUAAGCAUGGAUUUAUUAAAAGCGACGAAGCUCAGUUACUUCGAUGACAUGUGGAAACUCCAUUCUAAGGCCUCGCUUAUCUCGUGCAUUCAGGGUGAGGAUGGUCGGCGUGCUCUGAUCUUGGAUUCCACCAUUUUCCAUCCUCAAGGUGGUGGUCAGCCAGCAGACACGGGUUUCAUCACCCAUGCCGCAACCGAUUUCAAGUUCAUUGUCCAAGAUACUCGAUUGAAAGACGAAUUAGUUUUCCAUUAUGGGUUUUUUGAGAACCCUGGCAAUGAUGGGGACCCUGAAUUUCCGAUAGGGCAAGAGGUUUGUUUAUACGUGGAUGAAGCUCGUCGCAAUCUCAAUUCCAGGUUGCAUUCAGCUGGACAUUUGUUGGAUGUCUGUGUGCGAAAUGUUGGUUGGGAUCAUUUACAACCAGGCAAAGCUUAUCAUUUCCCCGAUGGGCCAUUUGUUGAGUAUAAAGGUGCAGUUCCACAGAACGAAAUUCAAAGUAAACAAAAGGAGUUAGAGAUGGAAGCAAGUGCACUCAUUUCGAGAGGAGGAAGGAUAUCAGCAGCUGUUUUGUCUUACGAGAAAGCCUGUGAACUCUGUGGUGGAUCCCUUCCUGAUUACAUUCCGAAGGAGAGCAGUCCUCGUAUUGUAAAGUUGGGGGAAAAUCUUGGAUGUCCUUGUGGAGGGACCCAUGUUGUGGAUAUUUCAGAGAUCGGGAGCUUGAAGGUUGGCCAGAUUCGAACGAAGAAGGGAGUGACGAAAGUAUCUUAUACUGUUGAUUAAUUGCUGCUCCAAUUCAGGGCAAUCUUAAUAUGCAAUUCCUAUAUUUAACAGGUCUUCAAUCUCAUAUUACUGGUACCAAGGGGAUAUGUGUAUUCUCCUUUCUUC